CCAUCCUUUAUUUCUCCCCCCUGCUUUCUUAUCCUUCCACAAGCCUCUCUCACUCGCAGUCCUGAAGCAACACUCAGCUCGGUGCUGUGAUUUUGUCUCCAUUCUGAGGGUGCUGUGAGUACCCUGAACCUGGGAUUUCUUCCAUUCUUGAGCCUGCAUUCACACGGCCAUGCGAGGGCGGAGUCUACCCUUCAUCUUUUCCCUCCUCUUCCUCGUCCUGUCAUUCUCUGAGGCAAAAAAGAAGUCCAAGCAGCCAUCAGAUACAGUGACUGGAUCAGACAGUACGGUGGUAAAUCCCUCGCUGGGGUCAGGUCAACUGAGCACUAAGGAUGGGCACCGCUGCACCUGGGAGACGCUAGAGAGAGGAGCUAACAUCCUGCUCCAGGUGAGCUGCACCGCCCCGAGUGAGGAGGGGCUCGGACCUCACUACACGUGCCAGUUUGCUGGAAAACCUCAGGAAUGCUCUGUCUACAGCACCCAGUUCUCCCAGUACUGGAAACAGGUGGUGAGCAAACUGAAGAAGCGAAAGAAUGCUUGCCAGGGGGAGAAAGUCCUGAAAACACGACUGUGUAAGAAAGCGCCCAGCGCAUCUCACAUGAAACUCACGGAGAGAAGCGGAGAAGAGACGACCACGCACAUGAGCAAGGGAAUGUCAGAAGAGAGCAAAUGGAAAACGGAGGCACCCACAAGGAAAGUAAAAGAAGUGCAGAAAGAGAAGGAAGAGGAGGUGAAGAAAGAAGAGGAUGAGGGGUUCGGAGAAGUAGUGAAUGAUGGAUUUUUAGACAUGGAGCCCGCUGUGAGCUACUGCGGAGAGGGAUGGCAUUCUGUCUGCAACUUCUUUGUCAAGUUUUUUGAUGGAUAAAAAAGGGAAAUAUCUGCCAUCAAUGCUUUUUCGGACCCAGUGGAGGAUAAGAAUGUUGUUGCAUGUGAAAAUGACGCAUGGAAUGACGACUUUGCCGGGUGUCAAAAAUAUGACUUAGCGGAAGUUCACCAUCUAGUCUGCACCCUGAAAACAUCAUGGAUAAAAAAAUUCUGUUGUGAAGAGGAAGACAAAUAGACAUAGAGAAAGUAGUGUAGUUUUUGUAUAAUAUUUAACAAUCACACUAAUCACAUUAAAUACAGUCUUAAACAAUUAAUUACUUGUGUAUAUUUUAACUAAACCUGAUUAAACUUUUUGUAGAUAUGAAUAAUUGUAUUACAUGACCUUUGACAUUUUACUCAUUAUGAAAACUGUUGUAUGAUUAUUGCAAAUAAUAUUCAGCUCAAUAAAAGACCAAUUUAAUGAAUUAAAAAUGCAUAUAUUUUAAAA